ACAUCAGUACUGCCCAGGAGGAGGAGGAGCCUCUGAGAUCCAGAUCUGUUUGCACACAGGUGACAGGAGCCAAUAUAACUGAUGAGAUGAGAGCAGCAGCCUCAGCGAGCAGAGCAGCAACUGUCAGCACCCGUCUUCAGGCUUCAACUCUACCAAGGACUAAAACAUGGCACCCUUGCUGCAGGAGUGUAUGGAGGACCUCAUCAAGGUGUUCUACUCCUACUCUGGAAAGGAGGGAGACAAAUACAAGCUGAGCAAAGCUGAGCUGAGGCUCCUGAUAAAGGAGGAACUGGGCGAUUUCCUGGCUGCCAGCAGGGAUCCCACCAUGGUGGAUAAGAUCAUGUGUGACCUGGAUGAAAACAAGGAUGGACAAGUGGAUUUCCAAGAGUUUGUCAUCAUGGUUGCUACGCUCACUGUUGCCUGCAAUGAUUUCUUUGUUGGCUUGGUAAAGGACUGCCAGCAGUGACACCAUGCUGGAUGUAAAUUUCUGGGUCCUCACUGACGACACCUUGUAAUGUUGUAAAGACGGAUCAUUGUUAACCAGUGUCACAAGUCUUCAUCUUAAUAAAGAUGUUCACUCUU